AAAAUAAAUCUCUGCCCCUCUGUAUCUCUCGCCGACUCUCUCACAGUAUUUACACCAUCGUCGAAUCGCGCUCUCACGGUCUCUCAGCGUCGCAGACUUGCAGUUCUCUCACGUCUCUGCCUCUCACUCUCUAUCACAGUCGCACAGCCACUCUCUACUGCCUCACUCCGUCUCUGAAUCUCAAACCAGAUAAUAUAGCUGUCAGAUAAUAUUUUCAGCUAUACAAACAAUGUUUAAGUUGAUAAUGAGAAGAAAAAGGCGAUGCAGAUAUGCCCAUGUAAAGAGACACAAGAGAAAGAAAGAAAAUAAUGUAGAGGAGGAUAAGAUAAGUAAACUGCCAGAUGACGUAUUGGUGUUCAUUCUGUCUUUCAUGACAAUGAAAGAAGCAGCUAGGACCAGUGUCCUUUCACGUCGGUGGCGCAAAGUGUGGGCUUUUAUUCCUUCCUUGAACUUUGACGCUCCAAAUAAGCUAGACCAGGAAGUAUCACUAUAUGCAAACCCAAGAGGAUUGAAAUUGGUUCAUGCUGCAAGACUUAGACAUAUAAAUUGGAUAAAUCGUGUCUUGGAGUCAUAUCAGGGUUCUACUAUUGAUAAAUUCAGGGUUCAAUUUGAUUUGGAUGAAAAUAAUAAACAUGAUCUCGAUAGAUGGGUGAACUUUGCAAGUGAAAAGAAAGUCAAAGAGUUGGUGAUGGACUUAAAUAAGGUUGGUGGCAUUUCUCAGGACCAUAAGUACACCUUCCCUCUAUUCUGCAACAGUGUAAGAAGGCUUCCUGAUUUUAGUUCCCUGAGAACUCUCCUGCUAAAAGGCGUAAAUGUGAGUGGAGAUGGUAUUGAUUACUUGUUAUCUUCUUGCAUGUAUCUUGGACAAUUAUAUGUAUUAGGUUCUAUGUCUCUUGUCGAUCUUAAAGUGGAUGGUCAAUCACUUAGCUUGAAGCAUUUGAAGAUAAAGUAUUGCAGGAAUUUGGAAAGCAUAUAUAUUUCCGCGACAAAUCUGUUGUCAUUCAAAUAUUCUGGUCGACCUCAAGUCUCUUUUGGGAAUGUCCCCAACCUUGUUGAAUUACGUUGUGGGGAUAAAUAUGGUGAAUAUAUUACGUGGAACUUUUUACAGCUUCGAAAUAUUGCCUUUCAACUAGAGACACUUACGCUCAAUGUAUAUCAUGUCCAGGAAACGUCAGUUGUCUACUUUCCUGUGUUGACACACCUCAAGAAAUUGAGAUUGUUUGUUGUGUCAGAUGAUGACGAGAGACUUCUUGCUUUAGCUUCCUCCUUGAUAGAGGCAUCUCCCUCCUUGCAUAAAUUUGUACUAGUGGUACUGUCUAAUCAUUGCUUGCCUUAUUCUAGGGCAAGGGGAAGUGUAGAGAAGGCCCCAAAAUGUCCUCACCAAUGUCUUAAAGUGGUGGAACUUGUUGGCUUUGUGGGGCGUACAAUGGAGAUCGAAAUGAUCACAUAUUUCAUUGAGAAUGCUGUCAUGCUCGAGGAAAUUAUCGUUGAUCCUGUAGUAAAAUAUAUGUUACUACCAUUUAAGAGAAAGCCAAUGAUAGACUUGUAUGCGGAGCGGCUAAAGGCUGCUGGUGAAAGGGCAGUGCAGCUCAAAUCUGAAUUUCCCAAAUUAGUGCUUCGUAAUAUUUUAUAUUCUUAGCUACAUAUUUUCAUCAUUUUAGAUGGAAAAUCUUUCAUUUUGGGAUAUUUAUUAUUUGGGAUAUUUAUUAUUUACCUGGAAAACGCAAUUAAUGUAUUGUUUUGCUCUUUUUAUCCAGUGAUGGUUGACUGA